UCUCCUGUAUGAGCUGUAGCUCGCUGACUAGCACUGGCUAGCAUCCCGUUGGAAACACAAAGUCUAUAGCUCAUAUUCCGGACUGCCACGGCUCCAGCCUUCCUUUCAGUGUUUGUAGAGAGCAAAAAAGGGCAUUUCACCCUCGAGAACCACACGAAGUGACUUUUAAUCGAAGUGAAAAUGAUGUAGCAGUAUGGAAGUACUAUCAGGAACCUCUCUCAGGUGUUACUGCAUAAGGAAGUGGUGCUGUCUGAGGCGACACAGCAGGGAGCCUUAAACUCUGAGCACUGGGUGAAGAAACUGAACUGCACCCAAGAAGAGAAACUGAAAGAAGAAUAUGUUUGCUAAGCUGAAAAAGAAGAUUGCAGAGGAGGCCGCCACAGCACCUCGGAGUGGUGUUCGCAUACCCCGUACCAUCAGCAAGGAAUCCAUCACCUCAGUGGGAGCAGACUCCGGGGAUGACUUUGCAUCUGAUGGCAGCAGCUCCAGGGAUGACCUUCCUGCCCAGCUCCUCAGAAGAAAUGAUCAGAUCCGGAGGCUGGAGGCCAAGCUGUCAGACUACGCUGAGCAGCUACGAAUUAUGCAGAAGACCAAGGAGAAGCUUGAAAUUGCAUUAGAAAGGCAUCAGGAUUCAUCCAUAAAGAAACUUCAGGAACAGAGUGACUCUCAUCAGGCCAGCAGAGCCAAAAUGGCAGAGGGGAUGGCUUUAGCGUUGGAGAAAAAAGAUCAGGAGUGGAUGGAGAAAAUGGCCAAUUCAGACAAAGAGAAGGCUGCCCUGUCAGCUCGGCUAGAGGAGAUGAUGGAACAAAGCUUAGCACUCUUUCAAAAAAGGGACGACCUGGAUGAACUGGAGGGCUUUCAGCAGCAGGAGCUCGCUAAAGUUAAACACAUGUUGCUGAGGAAGGAAGAACUGCUGAGCCAGCGAGAGCGGGAACUUCAGCAUAAGGAGGCUGAUAUUCAGUCGGCAAAGCGAGGGCUGGCCGAGGCUCGGGGGAAGCUCCAGGCUCUGGAACGGCAGCACGAGGAGAGCUGCAGACUCAACUCUGAGCUGGAGAUAGAGCGAGAAGAGCUGCUGCUGCUCAGAGAGGAGGCUGACAAGAAGGUCGGCGAGCUAGAGGGACGAUGCCAGGAGCUGCAGUCAGUCAUCCAGCAGGUCUCUGAAGACUUCCAGAAGUCACAGAGUAUGGUUUCCACGUUGGAGAAGUCCCUCCAUGAAUUACAGACAGAACAUGAUGCUCUGAAGCUGCAGCAGCAAAAGGCGGCUGUGACGGUGGAGGACAAGGAGCGCUUGUUGGUGGAUCUUCAGAAGAAGGUAACAUCGUUGGAGAGACGACUGCAGGGGAACCUGAGCCAGGAUGAGCACCUACAGGAGCUGCUGCAGGAGAAGUCAAGUCUGGAGCAAAGUCUGGACGGGGUGAGAGCAGAGCUGCUGGCUGUCCGGACAGACCACGCUGAUACCGUCAGCUCUCUGGAGGCUCAGGUGUCGAGGAUGAGUGUCACUAUUACUGAGCUGCAGACUCUUCUGCGACACAAAGACGACUCGUCCAGGGCCUACAGAGAGAGGACAGACACACAAAUUGCUCAGCUGGAGCAGCAGGUUGUAGAGAGCAGUGAGAGGCUGAGCAGUGCACAGCAGCAGCUCGCAGAGAAGCAGCAGAACAUGGAGAAACUGCAAGGGGAGCGGAGUGCAGAGAAAGCCUUUCUGGAUCAGCAGCUGUCUUUGUUAGAGCAGCAGAGUCAGGAGAAGAUGAGCCGACUGGAGGACUGCGUCGCCUCUUUACAGAAGGACAAACAGACGCUACAGAACAGGCUGGCUGAUCUGGACAAGCAGAUGAAUGAGGUGGACUCUGUUCUGAAGCAGCGGACAGAAGAACUGGAGCAGUGCAGGGUGGAGCUAAACAGCCGACAGACGCUAAGCACAGAAAUCGCCAAAGCUCUGGAAGAAACCAGACGACAGAAGGAGGGCCUGCAAACACAGGUUGCAGAGCUGAGUGCGGCUCUACAGAGCUCACAGCAGGAAGUGACCACUGUCACUGAGAAGCUAGCACUCAGAGAGGAGGACAUCAGAUCACUCCAGAAUGAGGUGCAGGGGCGACAGGCAUCCCUGGUGGAGGUGCAGGAGGAGGCUGAGCGGCUGAGAGCCCAGCUGGAGCAGGUGGAGCUGGACAAAGACUCCCAGGUCACCAGCCUGAAGGAGGAGCUGCUCACACAGACUCAGCAGCUGGACAGCUGCCAGGCUCGGAUCUCCUACCUGGAAGUAGAGGUGGAAACCCUGACCGAGCAGCUUCACAGUCAUAGUGUAGUCUGUGAGGAGGAUCAGAACGGCAGCGUGACCGUGGAUGACCUGGAUCACAUCCAGAAAGUCAACAGAGAGCUGGAGCAAGAGCUCAGCGACAAGAACAGGACCAUAAAGCAGCUGCAGCAGAGACUGGCAGAACUGAAGAGGACUUUGCAGAAAGAACUGAAAUUAAAACCUGAGUCAGAAGCUGAAGGGAGGGAGAAGCUAACUGAAAGCAGAGCAGAAAAACCGGAGAGAGUUUGUCCUGACCCUGCACCUGCAUCCACCCCGAGUCCCCCGACCUCCAACACCACAGUGACCAACACCUCUGACCUCAAUGACUCAAGAGAAAUUAAUUUUGAGUAUCUCAAGCACGUCGUCCUCAAGUUCAUGUCAUCCAGAGAUGCAGAGGCAUACCAGCUGAUAAGAGCUGUAUCUGUGCUGCUGAACUUCACUCGAGAGGAAGAGGACAUGCUGAAGCAAACUCUGGAGUACAAGAUGUCCUGGUUUGGAUCGAAACCUUCUCCAAAGGGAAUCGUACGCCCUUCUAUCUCAGGAUCAGCUCAUUGGAGCUGAUUUUACAGCAGAAAGAGCUGAAGUGAUGGAGAGACUGAGAAAAAGACAGAGCACCUCCUUCCUGUCUAGCUCCCAUCACUGAGCAGGACUCCAGCCUCCCAGUUUUUCCCUGGCUCUGUGGGAGGUACUGAUGUGAGGACAGAGGAGGGGCUGCACAUCAUCAUUUAGGGACGAAGGCUUACUCAUAAUCAGUGGUGAUUUUUAAAAUGACAUUUUUGAUUUUUCUUCAAUCAUAUGACACUAAUCUGAUGGGGUUUUUUGUCAGCAAAAAGUGAGUUACUAUGUGAGACAUCACACAGGAUAACGCUCUGACUGUUAUUUUUGGGGUUGUCUCGUUUCUGUCCUUUCUGUUGGAGCAAACAUCAGCGUGACAUGAAGUGAUCCUGUUCACUGGACAGCUAGUAUAGUCUUUGGUUGCUGAAGGUCCUUUAGCUUGUUGUUUAUCACUUCAUUUUAAAUCACAGAGGGCUUAUUUAAUGAAACAAGGUACAGUUGGCUUUAGUAUCAAUGAGUUUAUUUAAUGGUAUAUAAAUGGUUCACACUGGUGUCAAAGGACCAGCUGUUCUCACAUUCAAGAAUGCUACAUUGGAAUCUGAAAGUCUUCUGUGGUUCACACAAACCUUUGAUUACAUCUUUAAUCAACACAGUGAUCUGUCUUUUGUCCCCGAGCAGAGUAAAUCUGGGACCAGGUGUUUGGGUUUAAUGGAUUCAUUUUGCUUCUCUUGCUGUUGAUCCUCCAUUAAUAGUUUUUCUUUCAGGACCUGAUAGCCACCACUCCAUUUCUCUGCCACUGAUGAGGUUUUUGGUCAACUGAGUCACCCAGAGACAGAGAGAAAUAAAACCAGUUCAAAAAUUGGUCAAUAUAGAAAUCACUCUAAUUAAUCAAUACUUUUAUUUUAUUUUUUGUUUGUUUGUUUUUUUUAAUUUGAUUUUAAUAAUUUGUUGUACAUUUUUAAUGACAAACUUUAAAGGUGAAUUAAAUGACCUGUGGUCCACCUGCAGUACCUGCUUUGGUGUCUAGGCUGCAACUAACCACACUUUGGGACUCAACAAUCAAAGAAAUCAAGGCUGUGAUUAAUGUCCAAUAUGAUCAUCAUAAUCCAAAAUUUUCCUAAUAGAUGGCAAUGCUGACCUUUCUCCAGCUUCCAUGCAUGUUGAAAUGUAGUUGCUCUCUGUACUGUGGUGGAUUAAAGAUUUAAGAUCAGCUGUGUAAUACCAACAUGUGCCACAGUGUGGUGCAGUCACAUUCUGAUUUACAGAGGCAGCCCGGGAAAGAAAACUGAUGUGAAAGCUGUUUGAUACACUCUGAGUCCGAUCUCUACGGGCUGUUUUUCUUUUUCUCUCUCUCCUUUAACACCAGUGUGAAAAAUAUAGACUGUAUAUAAAUUCAACUGAAAUAAUACAACUGUGGUCAAAGUUUUCAUACAUUCAUUGUGUACAUGAAUAUGAAGUAAUUUAUGGUUUGUAUUUCUUUGAACUAGUUUUUUCCCAGGGUUGAAUCAUUCUACAUCGUACAUGUUUCAUGACAAGGAUACAGUCAGGCUCAAAUACACACACACACACACACACACACACACACACACACACACACACACACACACACACACACACACACACACACACACACACACACUUCCUGUUAGUGAUUGUUAUUGACUAAAAUUGUUAGUUUCUCUCUGUCAGCAUAAAGUUUUUGUUUGACAGCACUCACUGCAUCAUCCAUUACUAAGAACAAUGGGAAGUCCAAGGACCUCAGUGAAGAUCGCAGAAGGAGAACUGUGAAUUUACACAAGUUGGGAAUGUCCGUUGGACCAUUCCUAAACAACUACACUUUUCAAGAUCAUCAGUUCAACAAUUGUACAUAAGUACAAGUUAUUCCACUGUCUCAGCACCUCACCAAUGUCUGGAAGAAGAGCCGAGCUGUUAUUCUGAAAUGAGACACAACUGGUUAGGAUGUUCAGGAGCAACCCAGAAACCACCAAGGCUCAGGUCUGCUAUGAACUGCUAACAGCUGCUAAUAACAUCGUCCACAAUGAAGUGAGUUUUACAUUGCCAUGGACUGAGAGAGUGCUGACCAAGAAAGAAGGCCCCGCUCCAAAAUGGACGUCUGCAAACUUGGCUGAAAUUUGAAGGACAAAAUAAAAUAAAAAAUAAUAAUACCGACAAUACAAAAUAAUACCCAAUUCUUCUUCUUGGUUUUUUUUAAAGCUAUUAAAGACACAUACUGUAUAACCAGUCCACCCUGGAAAAAGAACGGUUGAAAGAAAUAAUUGAAGUCCAAAAUGAGAGUUUGUAAACUCCUGACCACAGCUGUAUAUGAUAAAAAAGGUGAAUGCUCUGUAAAUGAUGAUGAAGGAAAGGCUCUGCCUUCACCUGCCUUUGCUGAUGUAAAUCAAAGUACAUUCCACUUGGCUGUUUAUAAGAAGAAAUCUGUACAUACUGUAUGCAUUGAAAACUUUAUAAAUCAGUGGAUGUCAACAGUGA